AUGGGAGAGAGGAAAGGACCGGAAAAGAGGGAAAAAGAGAAGAGAGAGGAGAAGAUAGGGGAGAGGGAGGUAGAAGAGGAAGGAGGAGUGGGAGGAGAAAAGGAGGAAAAAAGAAGAAGGAGAGGGAAAGAAGAGGAAGACGUGGGGAGAGAGGGAGGGGAGAGCGACAGAUACGAAGAGAGAGGACGGAGAAGAGAGGAGGAGGAGGAGCGGGAGGAGAAAAAGAGUAGACCGGAGAAAUAA